GGCUGCGGAACCUUUGUCGAGUUGCGGCCAUACAAUUCAAUCCAAUUCCAAUUCACUGCUGCUGCAUCUGCUUCAAAAAGAUUCAUUACAUCUUUUAGAACUACAACACAUAUUGCAUUGCAUGCGCGCGCGCACUGUCUGUCCCCACCUGCACUCGCACCCGCACCCGCACCCGCACCCGCACCCCCAAACCCAUCAUCAUCAUCAACUCGGGAGCUUAGCUUGGUCGCAUUGUCGCAUACGCAACCACCACCGCCAACAUGCCUCCUAUUUCUCGCCGCAAUGCCGGCAACAGGGGACCGACGGUACCUCCAACAACAAAUCGAAACACGAGAAGAAAUGUAGGACUUGAUCCAGGAAUCCAAAUUCGUACCGCCAAUUCCUAUGGCGACCCAAGCCCUCCACUUCCACGCCCGGUCUCGUCGACGACGACACCUUCUUUUACAGAUGUGAUUCGCAAUCUGGAGCCAGAGCCAAUACGGGCAAGACCAGAGUCUGGGAGGGGUAAGUCUCGAGCUCCUGCUCUUCAAAUCGGCCUAUGCUAAUGUUGAUAUAAUGGUUAGUUGGAACGGCAAGUAUCACAUAUGCGCCUGACCCAAAUCGAAAUUAUGGCGACGAAUCCUCCAUCAAUAGAGGAGCCGGUUUUGACGACUCGUCCGUGGUAACGCCAAGUAGUGGCGAUGAAGGAUCUGGGACAGACGAGUCAGAAGAAGAGCCGGUAGAGGAGGUUACACCAGUGCGACAGUCACCUAGGGUCUCAUCGAAGAAUCCAUCGCCCCCAACCAGAAUCUCCCCUCGAGACACAACAAGAGGGAAAACGCCUUCGCCUCCCAAAUCCCAAGAUCCCCCGAUCAGAGCAUCGUCUCGAACCGGGUCGUCUGGUACGACAAGGGUAUCUCCUCCAACCCGAGGAUCACGUCGAGGCAGCGAAGUAGUUGAAGCCCCUACAGACCGAGGUUCGCGUCGAGGAACCGAAAGAGGCAGUGAUGAAACCGUCUUUACUAGCACUCGAGGGUCCCGCCGAGGGAGUGAAAGGGUCAGCGAUGAGCCCGUAGUUUCUACUACUCGAGGGUCUCGUCGAGGCAGCGAAGCAGUUGAAUCCUCUACAGAUCGAGGUUCGCGUCGAGGAACUGAAAGAGGCAGUGAUGAAACCGUCUUUACUAGCACUCGAGGGUCCCGCCGAGGGAGUGAAAGGGUCAGCGAUGAACCCGUGUUCACCACCACUCGAGGAUCCCGUCGAGGCAGCGAAGCAAUUGACCCGACUACCGACCGAGGAUCCCGUCGAGGAACUGAAAAAGGCAGCGAUGAACCCGCGUUAUCUACAACUCGAGGGUCCCGUCGGGGUAGCGGUGCAAGCGUCCGAGGAUCACCGAGAGGUUCUCCCACUAAAUCGGGGAGUCCACGAAACCAGGAUGAUGAUGGAGAGACAAUGUAUGAAUAUGUUCUGGGCUUCUUCGAAUGGAUGUAUCUCAAUGUCAGGGAGUUCAUCUCUACCAUCUUCUUUACCAUUGGUUCAUCUGUUCGAUCCGCAAUUGACAAGACUUAUGCAUCUAUCGUCUGGAUCUUUUGGAAAACUUUAGGCGGUCUGUGGUCAAGCAUCGCUGCAGGUUUUCGGGGUGUUGAAGCCCUCUACAAAUUGCUGAUCAUAAGGGGUGGAAACUGGCUCUGGGAGCAACUUCCUGCUGGCUUUAUCAAAGACGUCUGUGCUUAUAUUCUGACGGCACUCAUGGGCAUCAUCUAUUUUAUCAUCAUGUUUUCCAUCCUUUAUGGAAUGUAUCGUGCGAUGAAAGGGGUAGGAUCGAGGAUCUUGUCGCCCUCGUCAUCCUCCGUGCCUGGUCAGUCUGAGCCUUACAAUUGGAACGUUGCCGACCGUGUAUCGAAUUUGAAUCCAAUCCCAAGCAUCAAAGACGGGUUCUCAAAAUACUUGCCUUCAGGAGUAUCCAAAGACGGGUUCUCAAAGUACUUGCCUUCAGGAGUAUCCAAAGACGGGUUCUCAAAAUACUUGCCUUCAGGAGUAUCCAAAGAUUAUGAUUUCGCGGCACCACAAAAUGAAAAGCUCGUUGAUGCAGCAUUUGCAGAUCUCCCAGAAUAUGUUGCAGUCACAAUAGGUGAAGAUGGACGCACCACGGUGCCCAAUGAGCUUUGGGCCGCUAUUAACGAUAAAACUCGCGCGGUUGAUUCAUCCGGCCCAGCGAGCACCGGACUCGGUUCAUCUGGAAAGAGGUCCGCUCCAAUAUGGGACAAGUUCGUCAGUGAUAACGCCAAGCAGAUCUCCUCUAUACAGAGCGCAGACCCCGAGCUGAAGAAGCAACAUCCAAAAUAUUUUGAAGAAAAUAGAAUGGUUCCCAAAAAGAACAUAAUCGACAUGAUUCGUCAAAGCUACAAGGAGCAGCAACCAUCCAUGGGCCCAGAACUCAAAAAACUUGCCGCUAAAUUAGAAAAGGCUGAAAAAGAACUCCAGAAGUUGCAGAAUAAUCGUGGUGGUGGUGUUUCGGAAACUCGAACGAGAGAGCUCGUUUCUGAUGGAAUCUCCGCCUUGUUGGUCAAUGAUCAAUUGCAAGCCCUGGCUGAACAUCUCUUGAGAGGUAAUAUCAAUAAUGGCAUGAAUCGUAUCAACCACUGGUCUCGUGGGACUGGAGCUGUUGUUGACGGUCAGAUGACAUCGCCAAAUUAUGUCUUCCCAUUCAUGGAUAGAGGAUGGUUCUCGAAACAUUUCCGUCGAGCGAUCAACAACCCAGUGCCAGCGCCCAACCCCCCUACUGCAGCACUGGAGAGAUGGGAGGAACAUGGAGAUUGCUGGUGUUCCCCUUCGAAGGACGCCAAGGGGUAUGGACCAACCAUUGGAGUUAUUUCUUCCCACCACUUCUAUCCGGAUCAGAUAAUUGUUGAGCAUAUCGCUCCAGCGGCAUCUAUUGCUCCCGGAGCGACACCCAAAAACAUGGAGCUACUUGCCUAUAUUGAAGAUUUUGAUGCCUACGAUAAGGUGAUCAAGGUCUCCAACCACCAUUUCGAUGAUGGAAAAGACUUGACACCCAAACAUGAGUUUCACUACGUCAAAAUCGCUUCUUGGACUUAUGAUGCCAAUGGUACAAUGAGCCAAUCCUUCACGCCCCAGAUAAAUCUGAAGGAUUUCUCAGCGCCGGUCAAUCGGUUGGUGGUAAGGGCUAAGGAUAAUUGGGGAGAUAACAUUCCUUAUACUUGUCUUUACCGCGUGAAGAUGCAUGGGGAUAUUCAUCCGGAGGAGUUGGUGAAGAGUCGAGCAAUCAAGAAGGAUGAGGAUUGAGAAAGUGAAUAUGUGACUCAUGAAUUUAGGGGGAAAGGAAGGAGUACUGUGGGAAAAAGGGGAGGAGUUUUGUGUGGUUGAUUGGUAUUAUAAUUACUUGUCUGUUUUCCUUGCUUUUGUCUCGUUUUUCCUGCGUUUGGUGUUUUGCUGUUUGUCUUUUUGUCUUUGCAAAGGAUUGGAUUGGGGGGGGGAGUGUGGAUGGCGUUGAUACUGGGGUUGUGGGAAGGCGAUUGGCGAUGGGGAUCGGGGACAAUUGGAGUUGGGACUUAAAUAGAUGGGAUGAUGGGACAUUACAGUACAGUACUGACAGUGGGUAUUCCUGUAUAAUUCCAGCCGCAACAGUCGCGGGGCUAUAGUAGAGGUGUGUAGGGAAUGAAAUGUCUAAU